AUGGGUAGUCAAAUUGCCUGUCACCUGGCCAACAUUGGCGUACGGGUAUUGCUCCUCGAUAUUCCACCCAAAGAGUUAACCGAACAAGAAGAAAAAGCCGGGCUUUCGCUGGAUGACAAACGCGUGCGUAAUCGCAUUGUAAACGAGCAUUUCCAAAAAGCGGUAAAAAUGAAUCCCGCUCCGCUUUUUGAUAAGAGUUAUGCCAGCCGCAUUACCACCGGAAACUUUGAUGACGAUCUGGAAAAAAUCAAAAAAACCGACUGGAUUAUUGAAGUGGUGGUGGAACGACUCGAUAUCAAGCAAAGCUUGUUUGAGCGGGUGGAGAAGCACCGAAAAGAGGGCACCUAUAUUUCUUCCAAUACUUCGGGCAUUCCCAUUCAUUUGAUGACCGAAGGCCGCAGCGAAGAUUUUAAAAAAUACUUCCUGGGCACCCACUUUUUUAAUCCACCGCGCUACCUCGAGCUUUUGGAAAUAAUUCCUACGCCUCAUACCGAUCAGGCGGUGAUUGAUUUCUUUAUGCAGUAUGGCGACCGCCAUUUGGGGAAAACCACCGUUUUGGCGAAAGACACCCCGGCCUUUAUCGCCAACCGCGUUGGUGUUUUUGGCAUUAUGGAUUUGUUCCAUAAAGUGCAGGAUUUAGACCUUUCGGUAGAAGAUAUUGAUAAGCUCACCGGCCCGGUAAUCGGUCGCCCCAAGUCGGCUACCUUUCGUACGGCAGACGUGGUUGGUUUGGAUACCUUAAUUCACGUGGCCAACGGUUUGGAUCAAUCGCUGAAAGGCGAUGAACAAAAAGAAAAAUUUAAACUGCCAGACUUUCUGCAAAAGAUGCAGGAAAACAAGUGGUUGGGCUCAAAAACCGGACAGGGUUUUUACAAAAAGGUAAAAGGCGAUGAUGGAAAAUCUGAAAUACUAUCGCUCGAUUUAGAUACGCUGGAAUACACACCUCAAAAGAAAUCUAAAUUUCCAACGCUCGACCUUACCAAAGAGGUUGAUGACGUGCGCGAGCGUUUCCCCAUCCUGAUAAAGGGCAAAGACAAAGCCGGUGAGUUUUACCGCAAAAGUUUUGCCUCUAUUUUCGCUUAUGCCUCCAACCGCAUUCCCGAGAUAGCGGACGAAUUAUACCGCAUCGAUCAGGGCAUGCGCGCAGGUUUUGGCUGGAAACACGGCCCUUUCCAAAUUUGGGAUACCGUUGGCCUGGAUAAAGGUUUGGAACUCAUUCAGGCGGAAGGCUUAAAAGCAGCCGAUUGGGUGCAGGAAAUGAAGGAGGCCGGCAAAGAAUCUUUUUACCAGGUGAAAGACGGCAAUUCACAAUAUUACUCCAUUCCCGAUAAGGAUUACAAGACCAUUCCUGGCGCGGAAGAAUUUAUCGUACUCGAUAAUAUUCGUCCCAAUAAAACCGUAUGGAGCAACAAGGAAUGUGCGGUUAUCGAUCUGGGCGAUGGCAUCCUGAACAUUGAGUUUAGAAGCAAAAUGAACUCCUUGGGCAGCGGGGUUUUAUCUGGAAUUAACAAAGGCAUUGAGCUGGCGGAGAAGGAUUACCGUGGUGUGGUGAUUUCCAACAAUGGCGACAAUUUUUCGGUGGGUGCCAACCUGGCCAUGAUAUUUAUGAUGGCGGUUGAACAGGAAUACGAUGAGUUGAAUUUUGCCAUAAAAUAUUUCCAGGAUACCAUGAUGCGCGUACGCUACAGCAGCAUUCCGGUAGUGGUGGCGCCACACCAAAUGUCGCUCGGUGGCGGAUGUGAAAUGUCGCUGCACGCGGAUGCCGUUCAGGCCGCAGCCGAAACCUACACCGGGCUGGUGGAGUUUGGCGUGGGCGUGAUUCCUGGCGGAGGCGGCACCAAGGAGCUUACCCGCAGGGCCAGCCAGCGCUACAUGAAAGACGACAUUGAAACAAAUGCUUACCGCGAAUACCUAUUUAUGAUUGGGCAGGCGCAAGUGGCCAAGUCGGCAAAAGAAGCCUUUAAAAUGGGCAUUUUUGUGGAAGGCCGCGAUGGAAUUACCAUGAAUAGGCAUCGCCUAACCGCAGACGCCAAGGAAAAGGCCAUUGCCCUGGCCGAUACGGGUUAUCGCAUGCCCAUCAAAGAAAAAGACAUUAAAGUGUUGGGCCGCCAGGGCCUUGGAAUGUUCAAAGUAGGCGCCCAUACCAUGUUGGAAGGCGGUUACAUUACCGAGCACGAAAAGAAAAUGGUAGAGAAAUUGGCUUACGUAAUGAGCGGAGGCGAUUUGAGCGAAUCCACCUUCGUUUCCGAACAGUACCUGCUUGACUUAGAACGCGAAGCCUUCCUUAGCUUAUGCACUGAAAAGAAAACUCUGGAGCGCAUACAGCACAUGUUGAAGACGGGGAAGGUUAUAAAAUCUAUUACCGAUGAUAUUCCUGGAUUGGAUAAAGAUCGCAUUGACGAUGUGAUUGUGGGCAACGCCAUGCCCGAAGCCGAGCAGGGAAUGAACAUCGCGCGCAUCAUAUCCCUCAUGGGACUCGAUACCGUAAAAGUGCCGGGCGUAACCGUAAACCGUUGGUGCGCCAGUGGCCUGGAAGCCAUUGCCAUUGCUUCGGCUAAAAUACAUGCCGGUUUUGCCGACUGCGUUGUUGCCGGUGGAGUGGAGAGCAUGAGCUACGUGCCCAUGGGUGGCUAUAAGGUGGUUCCAAACUAUGAGCUGGCCCAAACCAAUGCCGAUUAUUACAACAACAUGGGCCUUACGGCAGAGGCGGUGGCCGAAAAGUACAAGGUAAGCCGCGAAGACCAGGAUGAGUUUGGCUACAACUCGCACAUGAAAGCUUUAAAGGCCAUUAAGGAAGGUCGAUUUAAAGAUGAAAUCAUUCCGAUGGAAAUUGAAGAGGUUUUCCUGGAUGAAAAUGAAAAGCGUAAAACCAAGAAGUACACCGUUGAUACCGAUGAAGGUCCCCGCGCUGACACCAAUCUGGAGCGUAUGGCCAAAUUGCGCUCGGUGUUUGCGGCCAAAGGAACGGUUACGGCCGGAAAUUCAUCUCAAAUGAGUGAUGGCGCGGCUUUUACCGUGGUGAUGAGCGAAAAGAUGGUGAAGGAAUUAGGCUUGGAGCCGAUUGCCCGCCUUGUGACCUAUCAGGCGGCUGGCGUGGAGCCACGCAUAAUGGGUAUUGGUCCGGUGGAAGCCAUUCCCAAAGCGCUUAAAGCAGCGGGCAUGAAAAAGGAAGAUAUUGACCUGAUUGAAUUGAAUGAAGCAUUCGCUUCACAGUCGUUGGCGGUAAUUCGCGAACUCGAUCUUGAUCAAGAUACCGUGAACGUUAAUGGAGGCGCCAUUGCCAUGGGACACCCGCUGGGCUGUACCGGAGCAAAGUUGUCCGUUCAAAUUUUCAACGAGUUGAAAAAGCGCGAUAAAAAACACGGCAUGGUUACCAUGUGCGUAGGUGAAGGCCAGGGCGCAGCCGGCAUUUUUGAGAUGUUGUAA